CAUGUCAUUGGAACUGCAGUCAGAGUGAAUCCAGACGAAAGCUGCUGACACAGUUUGGAGGAAAAUGCAUCUGGUCCGUUGGGUCUUCGCAGGUCUUCUAGCAGUCGGCUCAUCUGAACUCUGCUGUGCUGGUCCUCUCCAUGCACAGUGCAAAGUAGAAUGGUAUUUUGGGAUCCCAUGUCAGGAGGUUUAUGAAUCCCUGGUUUCACAGAUUAAGAAGUGGAGAACCAUGUCUGGUUGCAGCCUGGGAGGACAGAGGUGCCUCUACAAGUUGCUGUCAGCCUCUGUCCACUUUAUAGCUGCCAAGCACACCACUCCCUUUAAGAGGUAUGUGGACGACAUCAGCUUCCGACUGGUCUCGUAUCACUUCUUCACUUGCUGUCACGUUUCGGCCAUGUCCAUCUCUGAGACCUGGUAUGCCAUCACAGACCACGGCACCAACUACUGCAACCUUUACAACCUGAUGGAAGGAAGUGGUCUAACUGAAUCCAGAGGUUAUAAAGAGGUCACCAGUGACUUUGUGUGCACCCAGCGCUCCACCGCUAACUGUACGGUUUACUGACUGAGUCUAUGAGGAUCUGAGUUCAUUGCUGUAUAGAAAACGUAAUUACUGGGGAGUUUAGAAGAAUGAUUUUCUUUCUUUAAAACUACAAUUCACAUGCAGGCUGCUUUCUGUUGUUGUAUUUUGGGGUCCACUGUCCUUUCACUGUCACUUUCCUUAUGCAAUAAAUGUAUAAUGAAUACACUUUAAUUCCAUAUUCUAUGAAGAAUAUACAAUAACAUACAUUCCCAUUUCCCUAGUAAAUAACCUAUGAUUAAUGAAGUUAAGUUAGAUAUGUCUAGUUGCUUCAUAAUCUACUUUGAAACUUUCUUAAUAGUGCGAUUGAUCUCAUUUGCUAUUUUGCUCAUUUUAUUUUUACUGUGCACAUUAUUAUGCCAUGUACUGCUACUUUACCUUUUGUUGUGUAAAAUAAAAAGUGAUUAAAUGAUAAAAUCUA